AAAAAAAAGGGAACUUGGACGGGUAAAAAAGGAACUUGGACGGGAAAAAAAAGAACUUGGACGGGUAAAAAAGGAACUUGGACGGGUAAAAAAAAGGGAACUUGGACGGGUAAAAAAGGAACUUGGACGGGUAAAAAAAAGAACUUGGACAGGUAAAAAAAAGGGAACUUGGACGGGUAAAAAAGGAACUUGGACGGGUAAAAAAGGAACUUGGACAGGUAAAUAAAAAAAGGAACUUGGACGGAAAAAAAAAGAACUUGGACAGGUAAAAAAAAGGGAACAUGGAUAGGUAAAAAAGGAACUUGGACAGGUAAAAAAAGGGAACUUAGACAGGUAAAAAAAAAAAAAGGAACUUGGACAGGUAAAAAAAAAAAAAAAAGGAACUUGGACAGGUAAAAAAAAAAAAAAAAAGGAACUUGGACAGGUAAAAAAUGUAAUUUGAUCAGGUUUAAAAAAAAGCAUAAAUAAAAAAACGAACGCGUAGGCAUUGUUGAGGUCAAAAGGUCAUUGUUGAGGUAACGGUCUGGUCACACACAGGGUCUAACCCUGGCAGCGUAACAGCCCUCGUCUGCAGUCAGUACAUUAGAAUAUCCGAAAGAGGAAUUGGCCAUAAACUAGCUGAGUACCAUGCAGUAAUAUAACAAAAUGACAAAAUAUUUCAAAUGCAACCUCUCUCCCUCCCCCCCCCUCCCUCCCCGCUCCGCAGGAGAGUACAUUAAGACGUGGAGGCCGAGGUAUUUCUUGCUGAAGAAUGACGGUACGUUUAUCGGUUAUAAGGAGCGGCCACAGGACGUGGACCAGCUAGAGACGCCGCUCAAUAACUUCUCCGUGGCACAAUGUCAGCUGAUGAAGACGGAGAGGCCGAAGCCCAACACAUUCAUCAUCCGCUGCCUGCAGUGGACCACUGUUAUUGAGCGCACGUUCCACGUGGAGACCCCAGAGGAACGGGAGGAAUGGACUAAAGCCAUCCAGGCUGUGGCUGACAGUCUGCAGAAACAGGAGGAGGAGAUGAUGGACUCUUCUCCUGACCCCAUGGACAUGGAGAUGUAUCUAACCAAACCUCGGCAGAAAGUGACUAUGCAUGACUUUGAAUACCUCAAACUCCUUGGGAAAGGCACUUUUGGCAAAGUCAUCUUGGUGAAGGAGAAGGCCACAGGAAAAUAUUACGCCAUGAAAAUCCUUAAGAAGGAAGUAAUAGUAGCGAAAGAUGAAGUGGCUCACACACUCACAGAAAACCGCGUCCUCCAGAAUUCUAAGCACCCUUUCUUGACGGCGCUGAAAUACUCGUUCCAAACACACGACCGCCUGUGCUUCGUCAUGGAGUACGCGAACGGAGGAGAGCUUUUCUUCCACUUGUCACGGGACCGGGUGUUCUCUGAGGAUCGGGCACGGUUCUACGGAGCAGAAAUCGUUUCUGCACUGGACUAUCUGCACUUGGAGAGGAACGUGGUUUACCGCGACCUGAAGCUGGAAAAUCUGAUGCUGGACAAAGACGGCCAUAUAAAGAUCACUGACUUUGGGCUUUGUAAAGAGGGCAUAACGGACGGAGCCACCAUGAAGACGUUCUGCGGCACCCCAGAGUAUCUGGCACCUGAGGUGCUGGAGGACAACGAUUACGGCCGCGCCGUAGACUGGUGGGGUCUGGGCGUGGUCAUGUACGAGAUGAUGUGCGGCCGCCUGCCCUUCUAUAACCAGGACCACGAGCGCCUGUUUGAGCUCAUCCUUAUGGAGGACAUCCGCUUUCCCCGUACACUCGCCCCUGAGGCUAAAUCCCUGCUCUCCGGCCUUCUCAAGAAAGACCCCAAACAGCGGUUAGGAGGUGGGCCUGAUGAUGCGAAAGAAAUCAUGCAGCACAAGUUUUUCGCUGGAAUCGUGUGGCAAGAUGUUUAUGAGAAAAAGCUGACCCCUCCAUUUAAGCCCCAGGUUACCUCAGAGACGGAUACGAGAUAUUUUGACGAGGAGUUCACCGCACAGACCAUCACUAUCACACCACCGGGAGAAGAUGAAAACAUGGAGCCGUUCGACAGCGAGAGGAGACCCCACUUCCCCAAGUUCUCCUACUCUGCCAGUGGAACCUGUUAGACAGCCCUUCUCCCCCCAUAUCAGCCACCGCGCCACUGAGUCCAGCGCCCUCUGCCAGGUGCUCCGGGUAGCUGUUGCUCUUUUGCACCACUGACCGACGACACAUUUCCCCCUACAACACGCAACCUGGCCCAAGUGCACAGGCAGCCUUCUCCUGGAUCUCAUCCGCUUCAGAUUGUGGCCCUCUCACCAUUUUGGUUUGCUUUACAUUUCAUAAUCUCGUGAGCGACAAACAUCAAACUUCUAGCAGUUUUACGUUUCCUUUGUGGCCUUCUAAUGAUUAUUUUUAUUAUUUUAUUUUUCUGACUAUAUGAGAAGGAAAACACACACACACACACGCACGCACAAAAAUGAGUGCAUCAGCUGAUAGGUUUUAUAACCAAGUCAGAUAUUUACAGUAGAGUUAAUGAAAUGCCAAAUAUACUCGUUUUACUUGUAUUUAAAAAAAAAAAAAGAAAGAAAAAAAAAAAAAAAAAAGAA